GUAGUAUGUCCCUGCUGCUGAUGGUGGAACAGUAGCAGGAAGUGUGGGAACAACAACACAACUUCCACAUUCACGAGACCUCAAAUCAGGAAGGUGGUCAUUGAAGCCUUGCUGAAAAACUGCAAUGAUGGCAACUCAAGAAGAUUUUCAACGUCAGUUCACAUCUAUUAUGGAAAACCUUUUGCAUUCAGCUGUUUCCGAAACGACGAAGCUCUUCGAGAAUGCAGUGCAAGAAAUGAAAGCAGAGGUGGUCCGGAUAAGAAAACAGAACGACAACAUAAAAGUAACAUCAGCCCUGGUGGAACAGUCCUGCAGCCCUUGUUUGCAACAUGGAGAGAACAACGAGGGCAGAAAUUCGCCCCCCGAUCCAGAUGGAAACCAACAGUUUACGUUGCUUUUUAUCAAACAAGAGGAGGCAGACCUGUAUGACCACACGCCUUCCUGCCUCUUUCCGCUUGCAGAAGACGAGUCAAAGCCCUUUGUGGUGCAGCAGAUUGAGACACCAGUUUUGUCUCAAGAAGCUGAUCCUAGUCCAUCAGAUAAAACCUCAGCCCCGUUCACCCAUAAUCCCACUCCUUCCCCACCUCAAUCUGCGCAAGAGCCUGCUCCAUCAGCAUCUGUUGGGACAUCACAAAUACAAGAAUUUAAUCCUUUAGACAGUCUCCAUGUCUCUCUCGACCUGAUGCCUGAUAUACAGGAGGAAAAGCCUGUCAUGCUGCUGCAACCACCCACACCCAUCUCAACAGAUGCAGCCGAUGGAAGCAUGUCUGCAACACCAAACGAGCCUGCCACCCCAAAAACAGAGCAAGUUGACUGUGAAAUAGAUCAGCAAAGCUUGAGAUCACAUCCAGCGACUCACCACGACCAGCCUAGAAGGACAAGCCCCAGGAAGUCAAAGUCAAAAUACUGUUGUGUGGUGGCCCAACCCCAGGCAAAAAAUGUCCUACAGGAAAAUGAUGACGACGAUUCCACAGCCCAGAAGCGGCAAGCAGUGGUCACUUUAACCCAUCAGCAAAGCUUGAGAUCACAUCCAGUGACUCCCCAUGACCAGCCUAAAAGAACAAGCACCAGGCAGUCAAAGUAUCGCUGCCUGUUGGGUGUGGAAGCACCUCAGCCUAAUGCACAAGAUAUCCAGCAAUCAAAUGAGACCAGUGUUCCCAAAAAUGUUCACAAGGAAACAGGCAAGAAUAGUUCCAAGCAGCCUGACAAGGACAAACCUGGCAAGAACCACAGACACAAGAACCAGUGUGAGGUGUGUGGGCGGAUCCUGAGCAGUGCCUCUUCUCUGGAGCACCACCAGAGAGUCCACAGAGGGGAGAGACCCUUUGUGUGUGACAUGUGUGGGAAGUCUUUUCCUGAUGGGAAAGGCCUCAGACGUCACCUUCUUAUUCACACAGCAGGCAAGCGUCAUCAGUGCUUGGAGUGUGGCAAAAUGUUUGUCUAUCUCUUCCACCUCACCAGUCACCAGGUUACCCACACAGGCCAGAGGCCUUUUCCCUGCAAUGUCUGUGAGAAGCACUUUUCAUCCAAGGCAACACUGGCCAAUCACACACGCCUGCACACAGGAGAAAAGCCUUUCGGCUGCACUCUGUGUGGCAGGACAUUCACGCACCGAAUAUCAUUCAACACCCACAUGCAGAGACACAGAGGAGAAAGACGUUAUGUUUGCUUGACCUGUAACAAACGAUUUAUGGACCCCAACAACCUGAAAGCCCACAAGCGCAUACACACCGGGGAGAGGCCAUAUCAGUGCAAGAUGUGUGGCAAGAGAUUCAUACAGUCAGCACAUCUCAAGAAACAUGCCAAGACACAACACUAAGGAUUUAUCACAGAUGCGGUCCUUGAUUCUAAUCCAAUCAUUAUUUUUUGUCAAAUUCAUGCUUCACUCACUGCGUUGCAAUGCGUUGAUCCAACGGAUGAUGGAGGAGGUGUCUGGCGCAUGGGGUUGUGUUGUUAACGGAGACGUUUAUAUUAAGAUUGACAGGUCAACAAACCAAUCGUGCUUCUAUCGUGCUGAUGACCUUGUGGGUAGUAGCAUGCUAACAUUAGAUAGGUCCCCUCAGACGCAUUUUUCAGUUACAAUAACAGGGUUUUUACAUUGUACAGUGUCUAUUUCUCUGUAACUUAAAAAAAAAUCUAAGCAAAAUAAAGUCAAACAAACAACUUUUAGGUACAAAUAUGACCAUCUACGGAGUUUGGUCCGCCAUCUUUAUUUUUUGAGCUUCGCGCUCUUGAGACGUGACCAUAAACGCAAUCUGAUUUGCUAGCGCCUGUGCUGUCGUAUUUUCAUGAAAGGCGAUUUGAUUAGCUGACGCAUGCGUUGCCUCUCGAAAAGUAGAAAAAUGUUCAACUCUCGCCUCAAGCAACACAUGCAACGCAACGCAACCUUGACGAAUCAACGCAUUCCAACGCAAUCGUGUGAGCCAGCUGUAAGCAAAUAGCUCCUUGUGGUCCUCUUGCUCUUCGUUCAGUGUGUGCGCUCAAAAAAUCCUCUGGUGUUUCCUUCUGUUCUCCACCUCUUUUACUUUCAUCAGUCUGAGCUCAUUUAUUGGCCAACAACCUAAAUUUGAAUAGUUCACCCGCCAUGAAAUGAUAUACCGUGGUUGGUUACAAGCUUACAUAGCUGUUAAGUAGUGACAUUGUUGGAUAUAUUUGAUUGAUAUAAUACAUAUAAACUGUGUUAUGAUGUAUAAAAUGUGUUUUUAUAAAUAUUUCUGUGUGGUUA